UUAGGGGUUUGGACUCGGGCUCGGCUGUUUUAAAAAGGCUCGCAGCUCUCCGGUUGAUCAGUCUGCUCAGGAAACUUCUGCUGGAGCAAAGUACUGGAGUCCAAAACUGAAGAGGGGGAAGAGAGCGAGAGAGAGAGAGAGAGAGAGAGAGAGAAGUUUGUGCAAAGAAUUUGCUUUUGCUCUUGCAGAGGACAACAUCUCUGGAAGAGAAAAAUAAUAACAACAACAUCAUCACAAAUAUUUUUUUUUCUUCUUCUUCUGCAAUUGCUCUUUUUGUGUGUGUUUGUUUUGUGUUGCAGCAGCAAGGGUGCACGCUGAGCCGUGUCCGUGCAUGUGUGUUUUUUUGUUGUUGUUGUUUUUUUUUAACAGAUAGCAACACUCUUGGAUAAAGACUCUUGGCUUUAGCUUUUAAAAAAAAAAAAAAAAAAAAUCGGAUUAUCAAGACUGAGGCAUUGUGCUCAUUAGACCAGUCUACGCGUGCUCCCCCUCCUCUUCGCAUUUGAGGUUUAUGCUUAUACCUGAAGAGAACACCAACAAUGUUUCUGAGUCUCUGCCUCCUGGUGACAUUUAUCUUGGGGCUGUCCGGCUGCUUGGGCUCAUACGUGCCGUGCGAGCCUUGUGACCAGAAGGCGCUGUCCAUGUGCCCUCCGGUCCCGGUCGGCUGCCAGCUGGUCAAGGAGCCCGGCUGCGGCUGCUGCCUCACAUGCGCCCUGUCCGAGGGGCAGGCGUGCGGCGUUUACACCGGGACGUGCACCCAGGGCCUCCGCUGCCUGCCGAGGAGCGGCGAGGAGAAACCCCUGCACGCCCUUCUCCACGGCAGGGGAGUGUGCACCAACGAGAAAGGAUACAAACCUGCCCACCCGCCCAUAGCGGAACGCGAGUCUCGGGAGCACGAGGACGCCAUCACCGCGGAGAUCGCGGAGGAGCUGCAGCAAGCCAAAGUGCCGCUCCUCCCCAAAGACAUUGUGAACAGUAAAAAAGUCCACGCGCUGCGCAAGGAGCAGAAGAGGAAGCUCGGCAAGCAGCGCUCCAUGGGCUCCCCCAUGGACUACUCCCCUCUGCCCAUCGACAAGCACGAGCCAGAAUUCGGUCCAUGCAGGAGGAAACUGGAUGGGAUCAUUCAGGGGAUGAAGGACACUUCUCGGGUCAUGGCUCUGUCUCUGUAUCUUCCAAACUGUGACAGGAAAGGGUUCUUCAAGCGCAAGCAGUGCAAGCCGUCACGCGGCCGCAAACGAGGCAUCUGCUGGUGCGUGGACAAGUACGGCGUUCAGCUCCCCGGCACCGACUACAGCGGCGGGGACAUUCAAUGUAAAGACCUGGAGAACAGCAACAACAACAACGAGUGAAAAGGCCCCCACCACCACCACCACCACCACCACCACCACCCUCCCUCCCCACCCAUUAACCACCACGUGGCCCACGCCUCCUCUCUGAAUCACACCUGUAUGCUCCACCCUCUCCAUUGGCUUCCAGAUUUUUCUGUUUAGUUUUUUUUUUCAAAUUGAAAAAAAAAGGAAGAGAGAAAAAAAAAAAAAAAUCCAAAAAUGAAAGACCAGGCUGAAAAAAAGACACCUGCAUAUUUUUUCUUUUCUUUUCUGUUGUUGACCAUCAUCUUCAAAUGAGGGGUGGGGGGGGAGUCCCAGAAGAAGAUUUACUAGAUCCCUUGACUAUUGCUCGUGGCUUGCAGAUCCAUGAAAAUAUAUGCACACGAUGGAUAUCAUUUUUAUAGAAGCUCGGGGCUUUCAACACAACACUUGUAUGAUGUUAAAAUUGACACAAAAUCAAGUGUGAAGAAAAUCCCCCCAAAAAUGAUCAGGCACAUUGAUUGAAAACAGAUCCGUUUUUUUUUUUUUUUAGGCCGUGGAACUCGGCGCCACUGUGGGACUGUCGAUUGGC